AUGUCUCAGAAGUCAAUACUUAUUUCACCGGCGAGCAAACGAAUCCCCGAUCAAGAAGGCAGCGAAGCUUCCAACUCGCCAGAAAAAAGCCUUAAAAGAACGAAAAGAAAACGUGUCAUUUCGAGCAGUAGCAGCAGCGGUGAGGAUGAGCAAAACUCACUCUCGAAAGCUUCCAACAAUAAUGCUGAAAAGAAAUCGGAUACGAUAAAAACUCCCAACAAAAAACAUCUCAAGAACGGUGAUGGUAGCCCUGGAAAAGUUAAAACCGAAAGUCCGGAAAAGGAAUCCACUCAACAUGAUAUUAGAGCUACUGAAAAAGCUUCGACGAAGAGCAGCCCUAAGUCGAAAACUACGCCCAAAUCAAACAUUAAAACUCAACCUAAAAAGGAAAAGAUAAGCCCGAAGGGGAGCGUGCUUGCGUCUCCAAAAUCUAACGCCAAAGCCCAACCGAAGGAGGAAAAAGUAUCACCCAAGCAGAAUGACUCUACGUCAUCAUCUAAAGCAUCCUCAGACACAAACGGUGGCCAACCAGUCGCUCGUUCGUUUUUCUUCUCAGUUAAAAAGAAACAAGAUGAUGCGACUGGCGCAUCUGACAACAAUAAUGGACCGACGUUCGAUCCUUCAAAGAAAAAUUAUCAUCCUACCAAAGAUGCCUUCUGGAAGCAGGGUGAAAAAGUGCCCUACCUGGCGUUAGCCCGUACGUUCGAAAAGAUCGAAGAAACGAGCGGCCGAUUGAGGAUGAUAGAAAUACUGUCGAACUUCUUCCGCUCCGUCAUCUUGCUCAGCCCGAACGAUCUGCUUGCCAGCGUGUACCUCUGCCUGAACCAGCUCGCACCGGCAUACGAAGGUGUGGAACUUGGCAUUGCAGAAUUUUCGCUAAUGAAGGCUAUCGCGCAGUGCACCGGGCGCAGCCUAGCACAGAUUAAAACGGACGCUCAAGCAACGGGCGAUCUAGGCCUGGUGGCGGAACAGUCCAAAAGCAGUCAGCAUUUAAUGUUUCGUCCGACGCCGCUCACAGUGGAGGCGGUGUUUGGCAAACUGCGCGAGAUUGCCUCGAUGACCGGGUCCACCUCGAUGGCGAAGAAAAUGGACAAGAUACAGUCGAUGUUCGUGGCCUGUCGGUACGCUGAAUCGCGCUUCAUCAUCCGUUCGCUCGCCGGAAAGCUACGGAUCGGGCUGGCUGAACAGUCGCUUCUGCAGGCACUAGCACAAGCCACGGCACUGACACCGCCCCAAAUGGAUCCACCGGUUGUGAACGCGCUAGCGGGAGAGUCGGAAGCGCGCGUGAAAGCACGUGUGGAAGAGGUCGCACUCGCGCUCAAAACGGUUUACUGUCAGUGCCCGAACUACAACCAGAUCAUACCGGUGUUGCUGAAGCACGGCUUCGAGAACCUCACCCAGCACUGCCCAAUGCUUCCGGGUACCCCGCUCAAGCCGAUGCUGGCGCACCCAACGAAGGGCGUUCAGGAGGUGCUGCAGCGUUUCGAGGGAAUCGAUUUCACGUGCGAGUGGAAGUACGACGGCGAACGGGCACAGAUUCACUUGCUGGCCGAUGGGUCGGUGCAAAUUUUCAGCCGCAACCAGGAGAACAACACCAGCAAGUACCCGGAUAUUAUCGAGCGACUAGAGUUCACGAAGACGGAACAGGUCACAAGCGCGAUACUCGAUUGUGAGGCAGUGGCAUGGGACACGGAGCAGCAGCAGAUACUGCCAUUCCAGGUUUUGAGUACUCGCAAACGCAAGGAUGCGAUCGCGACCGACAUCAAGGUGCAGGUGUGCGUGUUCAUGUUCGAUCUGCUCUACCUCAACGGGGAACCGCUCGUAGAGCGGCCAUUUACUGAACGACGUGACCUUCUCUACUCGCACUUCCGCGAGGUCGAGGGACAGUGGAAAUACGCAACCCGGCUCGACACGAACGAUCUGGACGAAUUGCAGCGUUUCCUGGACGAAGCCGUCAAGGGCAACUGCGAAGGAUUGAUGGUGAAAACGCUGCAACGCGAGGCAACUUACGAAAUCGCGAAGAGAUCGCGCAACUGGCUCAAGCUGAAGAAAGACUACCUUUCCGGGGUUGGCGAUUCGCUUGAUCUCGUCGUGAUAGGCGGCUACCGGGGGCGCGGUAAACGCACCGGCACGUACGGCGGAUUUCUGCUCGCGUGCUACGACGACGAGAACGAAGAAUACCAAACGAUCUGCAAGAUCGGUACCGGGUUCUCCGACGACGACCUACAGCGGCAUACCGACUUCUUCCGCCAGCAGAUCAUCCCAAAGGCGAAGCAUUACUAUCGCCAUGAGGCGAACAUGGUGCCGGACGAUUGGUUCGAACCCGUCCAAGUGUGGGAAGUCCUGUGUGCGGAUCUUUCACUCAGUCCCGUGCACCGGGCGGGUAUCGGUAUUAUCGAUCCGGAAAAGGGAAUUUCGUUGCGGUUUCCACGCUUCAUCCGCAUACGGGAGGAUAAGGGCGCAAACGAUGCCACUAGCGCUCGACAGGUGUCCGAGAUGUACCUGAAUCAGGACCAGAUCAAGAACCAAACCCGCACCGCUGGUCGGGAUGCCGAGGAAGACUUUUACUGAGCC